AGUCAGCUGCACUCGUCGCAGGUAGCCACAGUUUGCCAGCCAAGGGAGAGAAAGAUGGAGAUCCCGGUGGUUGAUCUCAAGGGCCUCGCCGGCGCCGACGACGACGACAGGUCGCGCACCAUGGCGAAGCUCCACGAGGCCUGUAAGGACUGGGGCUUCUUCUGGGUGGAGAACCACGGCGUGGACGCGGCGCUUAUGGAGGAGGUGAAGCGCUUCGUGUACGGCCACUACGACGACCACCUCAAGAACAGGUUCUACGCCUCCGACCUCGCCAAGAAUCUGACGACGAAGGACGACGUCGGUGGCGGCGGCGGCGACGGCGACGGCGCGCUCUCCGAGAACGCCGACUGGGAGACCACCUACUUCAUCCAGCACCGCCCCAAGAACAACGCCGCCGACUUCCCGGAGAUCCCGGCGGCGGCGAGGGAGGCGCUGGACGCGUACAUCGCCCAGGUGGUGUCCCUCGCCGAGCUGCUCGCCGAGUGCAUGAGCCUCAACCUGGGCCUCGACGCCGCCCGCCUCCGGGACGCCUUCGCGCCGCCGUUCGUCGGGACCAAGUUCGCCAUGUACCCGGCCUGCCCGCGCCCGGACCUCGUCUGGGGCCUCCGCGCCCACACCGACGCCGGCGGCAUCAUCCUGCUCCUCCAGGACGACGCCGUCGGCGGCCUCGAGUUCCACAGGGCCGGCCGCGAGUGGGUCCCCGUCGGCCCGACGGAGCGCGGCAGGCUGUUCGUCAACAUCGGCGACCAGGUGGAGGUGCUCAGCGGCGGGGCGUACAAGAGCGUCGUCCACCGCGUCGCCGCCGGCACCGAGGGCCGCCGCCUGUCCGUGGCAACGUUCUACAACCCCGGCCCGGACGCCGUGGUCGCGCCGGCGACGGCGGCCGCGGCGGCGGCGCCGUACCCGGGGCCGUACAGGUACGGCGACUACCUGGACUACUACCAGGGCACCAAGUUCGGCGACAAGGCGGCCAGGUUCCAGGCCGUCAAGAAGCUGUUCGGUUAGUUAAUUAAAUCGUCAUUACGUGCACUAAUCCGGGUUUAUUGUACGUGUUUAGUAUAAGUAAUUAUAUUGUCAGGUCGUUGUAGUAGUAGUUAAUUUGUGAUGAGAUUUAGUUAAUAUUUGUCGCCGCCGGCCAUGUCGGUCAUUGUACGCACUGGCAGCAACGUAAAAGUAUUUUGUGCCUCUGUCAAAGACAAAUGUCGCCUUCGUGUACAUAUUGGGUUCCUGCCUGUUGCAGUGUCUCAUGCAUGUGAUGUGACUAC